AUGUCGCGACAGCCUCUGACCAGGGAGACGGCCGACCCCAAUGCCGCUACCGCCGCGGCUUCGGCGUUCAUGCGCCGCGGCUCCAAUGCCUCGCUGUCGUCCGCCGCCGCCGCCGCGGCGUUGCGCGCGCGGCCCAUGACCCCGACCAACGUCGCCGAGGUCCAGUCCAAGCGCGCCGUCCGGAGGAGUCCCUCGGUGGCCUCCAUGCCCGGCGGCAAGGACCGCUCCCCGGGGAGCCAACUCCGGCGUACCCCCAGCGUCGGCUCCAUGAUCGAGCGGACCUUUCGGUCACCGUCCCCGGGCGGCCGAAGCCCGAUGCCGAGAGAGCGCAACGUCCCGCCCGUCCCGAACAUCCCCGACGACCACAUACUGGCGAGCAGGAAGGCUGCCGCAGGGGGACAGCGCAGGAGCGCACCGCCGCCGCUGCAGACGCAGCCAUUCAAGACGGCUAGUGAAAAGAUGAAAGGCGGCGGCCACCAUGGCUCGUGGUUUGGCGGUGCGACAGCCGGCGACGCGGCAAACGUAAGGAGGACCGACUCUGUGAUGCACUCGGCCACUUCUCCCGUCGAGCCGCGACCCGGCAGCGUCAGCCCCUCCAUCAACUUCUCAUACCCUCGGGGCCGCGUUCACUCCCCCUCGCCCUCCUUCGACGACCAGACCCUCGUUUACGACGCCAACUCGCGGCGGAUGGUGCCGCGGGGAGAGCUGCUGGCACGCUCGCAGAGCGUUCGUGAGGUCCCAGAACGGCCGAGGAAGAAGCAGCAGCAGCAGGAGCCCUCGAGAAGCGGCUCGCAUCUAGCAAAGGGGACCGUGGCCCGAACACAAGCCCCGGCUCUCGAGGCGCUGCCGGCCCAGCCGGCCCAGCCGAAGCAGCAGCUCCAACCCCAACCCCAGCCCGAACCAGAGCCCGUAGAAGAGGAGCCUGCUCCCGCACCGGCCCCGGUAGCUGCGGUUGCACCAGUCGCCACCGCAGAGCAGCCUCAGAGCCCGUCCAAGAAGAAGAAGAAAAAGAAGAAGAAGAAGGCGCAGCCUGCGGCAACCGAGACAUCCGCGGCCAUCGUGGCCGAGGCGCCGGCGAUGGAUCAUCAGGCUCAAGUACCCGACGAGCCGCGGACCGUUGCGGCUACAGAGCUGCCGGCGGCGGUACAACAACCGCGCCGUGAAGAGCCGAAGGAAGCACCACCGCAGCAGCCGAUAGCGCAGCCAGUUGCAGCAGAAGUCGCAGCCGUGGCCGCUACGCCGGUCGUCAAGGCCGCAGCCAAUGGGCAGGCCCGCGACCCCGGAGUCCAGCUGCAGAGCAGCCCGCGAGCCGCACGAGUGCAGUCCGAGAGCCCCGUCCGCUCGGCUCGCUUCGCCCCGGCGCACGACCAGCUCGCCGUCCGGCACGAGCCGCCCCCGCGGUCCGUCUCGCCUAGGAAGUCGGCCAUGAAGCUCUCGAGCCCUCGCGGCGUGUCUCCCUCGGACGAUGGCUCCGAGGUGUCGGCCAGGAAUCUGAGCCCUCCGCGCGCCGAGGAUCCCGCCGUCUCUCGCAAGAAGAGUGCACGCGUUAGCUGGGAUGAUCGGAACACGGUCGUGGUCGGCGAGUCGGUCCAGCCUCACGAGACCGAUUCGCCCGUCGUACCGAGCCCCCAGUCUAAGAAGCCCUGGCACAACAUCGUCACCAAGUACACCAAGAAGGAGCCCUCCAAUCUAGACGAGGACGAGACGAUGACGCCUCGACCCGCGUUACCGCUGUUUGGGAGCGUGCGUGAGAAGAAGUCGAAAGAGGCCGAGGAGCGGCCCUUGGUGCGGCCGUCAGAGCGGACGUGGUCUGGCGCAGGCGAGACGACGGAUGCCGGCCAGUCGUCCGACGCCGCCAUCGGGGCCGUCCUGAGCCAGGACCAAGCAUCCAGAAACGCGGCCAACAUCUCCAAGUACCGAGAGCCUUUGCCUCCCAUCGUACAGUCGAGGGAGGGUGAUAGCCGGGGCGACGACCUGGUAUCCGACUCAGAGGACGACUUGGACACCGACGGCACCACCGAACUGGACGACGCGACCGCUGCGACGACACCCAGAACCACGCAGCUUCUCACUCCCGAACCGACGACCCCCACCAAGGCCGCGUUCGGCGCCGAGGCCACUGACGGCGAGGUCCCGACCAUUUCCGUACAGCAACCCAGUCCUCGCCCACAAGAUCCCAAGGACAACGCAUUCAGCGGCGAACAGCCACACGACGUUCCAGGGACGUUCCCUCACGAGGACUCGCCUGUCGAGCCUACCAGUGUACAAGAUGUGCCACUCACGCACGCCGUGUCCACGGAUGCGUUGCCUCCUGCUCAGCCCAUCGAGCCCGCCGAGUCCAUCGAGUCCCCGAGCGCCGCGGCGGCCCCCGUUAUGGACGACAUCACGGAGGAAGAGGAAGAGACGGACCGCUGCAGCGUGUACAGCGAUGCUUACGAGGACCUGGAGGAGGUCAACGGCGACGGCUUCAUGUCGCUGGACGCCGUCGUGGAGAGCCCAGCCGGAUCCAAGAUGGCUAAGAAGAUCCAGGAGCAGGUUAUGGCUCAGCCGGCAGACGAGGCUCGUGAGUCCCGUGAGUCGUCAGGUUCGCCCAUCCCACCGGCACUGGCCCAGUCAUCCAACGACUGGGAGAAUGCCAAGGCGUAUUGGAGGAGCCUGUCGACGGAGCAGCGCCGCCAGCUCGAGGUGGAGGCGCUUUCAGAGACGGGCGAGGAGGCCGACGUGGAACAGCCCGCGACCCCGGACGGCAAGAGGACGAGCGCCUACGCCAGCGUCGAGGACAGCCCUGUUUCCAUCACCAACCACAGAACCUACCAGAUCGUGCCAGGCACGAAGUGGUCCGACAAGGAGUCCGAGGUCGCUGCCAUGACGGCGUCUGCUCUGGCGGCGCAGCCCAAGACGCGCCCCGUCAGCGUCCCCAAGCUUCGACAGUCCAUGCGAAGCGAGCAGCCCGCCCCCGCCGCUCAGGCCGGCCAACAGACGGGCAGCAUGAGAAAGUCGAUGAGGGCAAACGCCCCGGGCCCGGCCUCGACGCCAGAGAAGCGAGCGAGGCAGUCACGGCAUUUCGAGCCUGAGCCCAUCCCGGCUGCGGCGUCUGCCGCGGGCGCCGGCAUGAGGAAGUCGUUGCGACAGAGCGCCUCGAAUGGAGACACACUCCGGCCGUCGCUGUCGCAGUCCGGCCGGCCGGUGUCCUACAACCCCCCGCCCAGCGUCGAGCCGUUCAGGUCCCACAAGCGCAACCUCUCGGCCGAUAACCUCGCCCCGGCGGGCGCGCUGAAGCCAAGCCUCCGACGCAAGGGGUCGGACGACAGCGUGAGCAGCUUCAAGCGGGCUCGCGCCAGCUCAAACACGGAGCACGGGUUCAGGAUGUCGAUGCGCGCCACGCCCCAGGAGCCGCCGUCCCCCUCGGCCCGGGGAAGCGGCCGCUUCAGCCUCCGCUCGUUGUCACCGCCGGCCUUCCGCCGCACCUCGAUGAACGCCACGCCCGUGGGAGUCAGCUCCUUUGGCGCCGGUCGCAUGCGCCAGUCUCUGCGCGCGGAAUCGGUCGACGCCAGCAAGUCGCGCCUGUCCGUGAGCAAGAGAUCAUCGGGCAUCUCGAAAGGCAAGCGCAGGAGCGCCAGCCGCUUUGCCGACUCGAGCGAUGAGGACGAGGGAGGACCGUCAUUCUUUAGUAGCCGAUUCGCCGACUCGAGCGACGAAGAGGACGUGUCUCGGCCGCGGUCCAAGGGCAAAGGGCUCCCCAAGUCGAUGCGGAGCAACAGGUCAUCGAGCGCGGCCGCCGCCAGCGCCAUGGGCAUGACGCCCGUGCUGCGCGACGCGUCUCCGGACCUCCCCGACAGCGACGAUGAUGAAGCUGCGCGGGUCCAGAACGGAGCUCUCACCAACGGCCAGGCGCAGACGCUGCGUCGGAGCAGGUCAGGGCGCGGCACGCUCAUGCCCCUCCAGACGUCACAAGGGGACGAGCCCGCUCGCGCCCGUGGCGGCUUCAUGUCCAUCCUCCGGCGCAAGAAGGACACGUCCAACCGCAUCUCACGAGACGUCGGCGAGAGCGCCGCCCGGCGCGACACCAAGUUUGAGCGCUCGCCGGAGCAGCUGGCGCAGAUCCGCAGCAACAGCCUCCACAAGCGCGAGCCUAGCUGGCCGCUGCCCGACGGGGAGGAGGGGACUUCGGCCGAGGGCUCGCAAGGCGCUGUCCCGGCCGCGACGGACAAGACGCGGCCGUCGACAGCCGGCGGGCCCCCUCCCACCACCAACGGCGGCGCCCGGAAGAGCGCCUUCCUUCGGCGCCGGAGCACCUCGCAGGGCGUCGUGGGGCUGGCGCAGCCUCCUCCGCAGGACGACGACAUCCCGCCCGUGCCAGACCUGCCGCCCGUUAAGAAGAAGAAGUUUGGCGCGCUGCGCAAGAUGCUCGGCAUCCACGACUAG